AUGAUUGAAUCUAUGAUUGAAUCUGGUGGAAAAAUGGAGUGUUUGGGGUACUCGGUGGAUAUAUAUCCCGAGAAGACAAAUGCCAAGUGUGAAUGUAACUUGUGCGAAUGCUGGAGGCAAGAAAGGAAGAGUCGUUUCAAAAUAAUGUUGAUUGGAGUGCUUGUGCCAUUGCUCUGGAUCUACGAUUCAUUCAAAUUGGUGCGUUAUUUGUACACAGAUCCCGUGUUGAAACAAUCCAGUCUUACAUCACUAUAUCACACUGGAGAAAGCCAUAAAGCCUACCAUAGUAGGUCACGAAAAGUAUUGUGGUCUUGGUUGGGUUACAACAUGAUUGCAAUGACUAUCGAGUUAUUAUCCGUGGUGAUGCUAGUAGUGGCUGCUCAAUCACGCCCAAUGGAUGGAACAUUUCUCAUCGAGAAAUGA